GUAUUUGAAGGGAGACGGAAGCCGAGUCGGCAGUCGAAGUGUUCAGUGAAGAUUGGGGCAAGUUGAAGCGGACGCAGAAAGUGAAGCAGUAGAACAGGUUGAAUCGGAACGUGUGUCUGUGUUCGCUCCAGUCGAAUUGGAGUCUGAGGCGCUUGCAGAGACUGCAGCACAACCGGAACAGGAACGAUUGGUUGAGCGUGUCGGUGAGAUGGAGGCGGAAUAUGGUGAAGUUGGUGAAGGCGUAUUUGAAGGGAGACGGAAGCCGAGUCGGCAGUCGAAGUGUUCAGUGAGAGAUUGGGGCAAGUUGAAGCGGACGCAGAAAGUGAAGCGGUAGAACAGGUUGAAUCGGAACGUGUGUCUGUGUUCGCUCCAGUCGAAUUGGAGUCUGAGGCGCUUGCAGAGACUGCAGCACAACCGGAACAGGAACGAUUGGUUGAGCGUGUCGGUGAGAUGGAGGCGGAAUAUGGUGAAGUUGGUGAAGGCGUAUUUGAAGGGAGACGGAAGCCGAGUCGGCAGUCGAAGUGUUCAGUGAAGAUUGGGAGCAAGUUGAAGCGGACGCAGAAAGUGAAGCAGUAGAACAGGUUGAAUCGGAACGUGUGUCUGUGUUCGCUCCAGUCAAUUGGAGUCUGAGGCGCUUGCAGAACUGCAGCACAACCGGAACAGGAACGAUUGGUUGAGCGUGUCGGUGAGAUGGAGGCGGAAUAUGGUGAAGUUGGUGAAGGCGUAUUUGAAGGAGACGGAAGCCGAGUCAGCAGUCAAGUGUUCAGUGAGAGAUUGGGGCAAGUUGAAGCGGACGCAGAAAGUGAAGCAGUAGAACAGGUUGAAUCGGAACGUGUGUCUGUGUUCGCUCCAGUCAAUUGGAGUCUGAGGCGCUUGCAGAGACUGCAGCACAACCGGAACAGGAACGAUUGGUUGAGCGUGUCGGUGAGAUGGAGGCGGAAUAUGGUGAAGUUGGUGAAGGCGUAUUUGAAGGAGACGGAAGCCGAGUCGGCAGUCGAAGUGUUCGGUGAGAGAUUGGGGCAAGUUGAAGCGGACGCAGAAAGUGAAGCAGUAGAACAGGUUGAAUCGGAACGUGUGUCUGUGUUCGCUCCAGUCGAAUUGGAGUCUGAGGCGCUUGCAGAGACUGCAGCACAACCGGAACAGGAACGAUUGGUUGAGCGUGUCGGUGAGAUGGAGGCGGAAUAUGGUGAAGUUGGUGAAGGCGUAUUUGAAGGAGACGGAAGCCGAGUCGGCAGUCGAAGUGUUCAGUGAGAGAUUGGGGCAAGUUGAAGCGGACGCAGAAAGUGAAGCAGUAGAACAGGUUGAAUCGGAACGUGUGUCUGUGUUCGCUCCAGUCGAAUUGGAGUCUGAGGCGCUUGCAGAGACUGCAGCACAACCGGAACAGGAACGAUUGGUUGAGCGUGUCGGUGAGAUGGAGGCGGAAUAUGGUGAAGUUGGUGAAGGCGUAUUUGAAGGAGACGGAAGCCGAGUCGGCAGUCGAAGUGUUCAGUGAAGAUUGGGGCAAGUUGAAGCGGACGCAGAAAGUGAAGCAGUAGAACAGGUUGAAUCGGAACGUGUGUCUGUGUUCGCUCAGUCGAAUUGGAGUCUGAGGCGCUUGCAGAGACUGCAGCACAACCGGAACAGGAACGAUUGGUUGAGCGUGUCGGUGAGAUGGAGGCGGAAUAUGGUGAAGUUGGUGAAGGCGUAUUUGAAGGGGAGACGGAAGCCGAGUCGGCAGUCGAAGUGUUCGGUGAGAGAUUGGGGCAAGUUGAAGCGGACGCAGAAAGUGAAGCAGUAGAACAGGUUGAAUCGGAACGUGUGUCUGUGUUCGCUCCAGUCGAAUUGGAGUCUGAGGCGCUUGCAGAGACUGCAGCACAACCGGAACAGGAACGAUUGGUUGAGCGUGUCGGUGAGAUGGAGGCGGAAUAUGGUGAAGUUGGUGAAGGCGUAUUUGAAGGGGAGACGGAAGCCGAGUCGGCAGUCGAAGUGUUCAGUGAGAGAUUGGGGCAAGUUGAAGCGGACGCAGAAAGUGAAGCAGUAGAACAGGUUGAAUCGGAACGUGUGUCUGUGUUCGCUCCAGUCGAAUUGGAGUCUGAGGCGCUUGCAGAGACUGCAGCACAACCGGAACAGGAACGAUUGGUUGAGCGUGUCGGUGAGAUGGAGGCGGAAUAUGGUGAAGUUGGUGAA